AUGGAGACUGCUAGUUGCUCCGCUGCCGCCGUCGGGAACGGGGACUUGGGGUCCCAGCGGGACCAGAGCCUGGUGCCCGAGAGGCUCCAGAGACGUGAACAGGAGCGGCAACUGGAGCUGGAAAGGCGGAAGCAAAGGCGACAGAACCAGGAGGUGGAGGAAGAGAAGGGCGACUUUUUCGCCGCUACCUUCUCCCGGGAGCGAGCCGCCGUGGAGGAGCUUUUGCAGAGCGGGGAGUCAGCCGAGCGGCUGGAGGAGGCGGCCGCCCGCCUCCAGGGGCUGCAGAAACUGGUCAACGACUCGGUGUUGUUCCUGGCCGCCUACGACCUGCGUCAGGGACAGGAAGCGCUGGCUCGGCUGCAGGCCACCCUAGCCGAGCGGCGCCGGGAGCUGCAGCCCAAGAAGCGUUUCGCGUUCAAGACCCGGAGGAAGGAUGCCGCCUCAGUCACCCAAGUGGACGCGGCCCCUGGCGCCCCAGUGGCCGAAGGCAUGGUCGCCCAGCCGCGCUCGAAGGAGGAGCGAGGCUUCUUGGGCUCCAGCUCGGUCUGUGGCUUCUCCAAUCUGGAGUCCCAAGUCUUGGAGAAGAGAGCGGAAGAGCUGCACCAGCGCGACGUCCUUUUGACUGAGCUGAGCUCCUGCACGAUCAGAUUGUUCGGCAAUCCCAACACCCUGCGGCUGACCAAGGCCCGAAACUGCACGGUGCUCUGUGGGCCGGUGUCCACCUCCGUGUUCCUGGAUGCCUGCAGUGACUGCGUGCUGGCCGUGGCCUGCCAACAGCUCCGUGUCCACACGACGAACGACACCCGCAUCUUCCUGCAGGUGACUAGCAGGGCCAUCAUAGAGGACUGCAGCGGGAUCCAGUUCGCCCCUUACACCUGGACCUAUCCCGGCAUCGACGAGGACUUCCAGGGCUCUGGUUUAAAUCGGAGCAAAAAUCACUGGAACGACGUUGACGAUUUCAACUGGCUGGCCCGGGAUGUGGCCUCUCCGAACUGGAGUAUCCUUCCAGAAGAGGAGAGGAGUGUCCAGUGGGACUGAGGCUGGCUGACUCCUCAUUCGCUCCUACCAAAUACCUUCCCGCUCAAGAACCCCAAAGUUUACUUGUUUUUGGUAUUUCAAAGCUUGAAAUUGUAUUGGGCUCCUGCUUUUGCUUUCCAUUAAAUUCACGAUAGAGCUAAUCUUUUAAA